CCCAUUCUUGUUAGGCUCAAAAGCCCAACCCAUAAUCCCCCUUUCAUCUUCACAUACACACACAUGAAAAUAUGCACAUAUAUCCCAAACAGAGCUCAAACAAUUUAGACAAUCAAGCAUAAAAAAUGGCAAGCAGUGAUGCUACUGAAAAAGUGAACAAGAAGCAGCAACUAAAGCUCUACAAUUACUUUAGGAGCACCUCUUCUUGUCGAGUUCGUAUUGCACUUAACUUGAAAGGGAUUGAUUAUGAGUAUAAAGUUGUUAACUUGCUUAAAGGAGAGCAGCUCAGUCCUGAGUACUUGGAGAUCAAUCCCAUGGGUUAUGUGCCGGCUCUGGUGGAUGGUGACAUAACAAUUGCAGAUUCUCUUGCCAUCAUAAUGUAUCUGGAAGAGAAGUAUCCUCAGCGUCCGUUGUUGCCCGGUGAUCUGGCUAUCAAGGCAGUAAACUUCCAGGUUGCAAGUAUAGUUUCCUCGGGUAUACAACCUCUACAUAAUUUGUCAGUGCUGAAAUAUAUUGGUGAGAAAGUUAGUCCUGAUGAGAAGCUUCCUUGGGUUCAAACUCAUAUUCGAAAAGGCUUCAGUGCUCUUGAGAAGCUAUUAAGUAAUCAUGCUGGAAAGUAUGCUACCGGAGAUGAAGUUUACCUGGCUGAUAUAUUUCUGGCACCCCAGAUCGAUGGAGCAAUUAAAAGGUUCAGCGUUGACAUGGCUGAGUUCCCUCUUUUAUCAAGGUUGAACGCUGCAUACAAGGAGCUGUCCGCAUUCCAGGAUGCCAUGCCGGAGAGGCAGCCAGAUACACCAGUUGAGGGUAUUUAAGCGAUGGAAUCAUAUUUGUGGAGAUGAAAAUUAAUAAAGUUCUUCAUAUGGAGGAAUGUUUAUAUAAGUUAAUAGCUGAGAAUGCUUCCCGUAACAUUCGCAAACUGAAUUUGAAGCGUUUCUAAUCGUAAUCACACCAAAUCAAACUAAUUUUGUGUAUACACAUAUAUGUCUGUUUCGAGUCAAAUUCACUGUCCACUUUGAGGUUGACUUUUAACUUUCGAUUGUUUAGCUCCUAACUUAUUUUGGUCAUGGACUCGGCAAAUAAUGGUAGGUAUGAAUUUUUUUUCA